CUGCCGCAUCCCGGCCCCUUCCUGCGGCGUCUCUGCAUCCGGGGACGGGACAGCGCUCAGCUGCGGGAACUGCUCUCCGCUGCCCGCCCCGCCUGCCUCCGCUAGGCCCUGCAUAAAAGGAUACAUGUUCACUUCAAGUAGAGAGGAGCAUGUUCCCAAAUUCUUCCAACGUGGGUCGUCCGUCCUUCCCUCCAGAAUAUCAGCAACAGAGUACUUUCUUCACUAAACUUCCUUCAAAUAUGCCUCCUACUCUUCUUUCUCAUCAGCAAAUUGUCGUUCCUCCGUUUCAUUUUCGCAGUGCAGUUCUUUCUAGAGCUCUUUUGAGUGGGAACGCUGAAGCUACUCCAGCUGUUAAUCCAGUUGUUACACUGCAACCAGUGACUUACAGAAGUGUCAGUCCAGUGUCUAAAUCAGAUGCCCAGACAUCAUUUCAAGGAAGGAAGAGACAAAGUCAACAGAGUGUUCCACAUGAUGCCAAACGGCAGCGGAUUCAUUCACAUGAUUCUGAUGCUGCUGUAGCUAACCAAGCAGUGCCUUUGCCAAAAGAACAUAGACGCUCCUUCCCAGCAUCAGUUUCAGUUCAGUCUCCAGUGUUGCGUGCGGGUGGCUCGCCGACCUUAAUUGGAUGUGUACCUCGUUUGCAAGAUACUUUGUUUCCAGAUUGUACAGAAACCGGGCUCCCAGUUGCCAAGGACGAGUUAAGUAAACAGGUUUUGGAGGUGUUUCAAGCAUGUCGGCAACAGGCCUCUGAUUUGGACAGAAAAGAGCUUUGCAGAACAGAACUCCAGAGAGAAAUUCAGCUAAUUUUUCCACAAAGUCGACUUUUUUUGGUAGGGUCCUCACUGAAUGGAUUUGGCACUCGUACUAGUGAUGCUGAUUUGUGCCUAGUGAUUAAAGAAGAACCAAUGAAUCAGAAGACUGAAGCAAGACGUGUACUCAGCUUAGUCCAAAAGCUCUUCAGUACUAAACUUUCAAGCUACAUUGAGCGACCUCAGCUGAUCAGAGCAAAAGUGCCAAUAGUGAAAUUCAGGGAUAAAGUCAGCAAUGUGGAUUUCGACUUGAAUGUAAACAAUGUGAUAGGUAUAAGAAAUACAUUCCUUCUGAGAAGCUAUGCAUUCAUUGAGAAUCGAGUUCGUCCAUUAGUACUUGUUGUUAAGAAGUGGGCAAGUUUUCAUGAGAUAAAUGAUGCCAGUCGUGGUACUUUAAACAGCUAUAGUCUUGUGUUGAUGGUUUUGCACUAUUUACAGACCUUACCUGAACCCAUCCUUCCAUCCCUCCAAAAAAAUUAUCCAGAAUGUUUUGAUCCUACUAUGCAGUUGCAUUUUGUUCAUCAAGCGCCACGUACCAUUCCUCCUUACGUCUCAAAAAAUGGAUCAAGCCUUGGAGAUUUGCUAAUAGGCUUCUUCAAAUAUUAUGCCACAGAAUUUGAAUAAGAGAAUGGUCUUGUCUUAAAUGUUUCUCCUGAGUACCUGUCUUUUCAGCUGACAAGAUGAUGUUUGCUAAAGAGGCAAAUGAGAAGAUAGUGCUGGAGGAUAACCUCAGAUUCUUAAUUUGUGUGGGAUACUACAUGAAUCUCUUACUACUUGACUGUACAAGCUGUUAAUCUUCCUAUAUAUGAAAGUAAAUAUCUUAUCCACUAAGGAAUUUUCUGGUUUGCCUGUGCAAAGUAUCAGAGGUGAUCUUGUAUAAUUACAGCAAAAACACAUAGUUUCACUUUUUUGGGUUUGGGUACUUGUGAACAUAGUCAAGACCAGAUUUCUGCCUAAGUUGGUGGCUGGUCCAGAAUGACUUCAUUUUUGUCUGCUAUUAGAAAGGGUAUACUAAGACAUAUGCAGACCAAAAAUUCUGCAAUAUCAGUGUUUGAGCUGAUGGCAGUCCCUAAAUACUAUUUUUCUGAUGAGUAUAAAUCAGGAAAAAAUACUGUUUAGAUUUAUUCAUAGACAUGCAGAGGAGCUUCCUGGUAAAAGAAAGCUUGAAAAAGUAGAUAGUCUAGGUAGGAUAGUUGCUGAUGUCAAGGGAAGAAAAUGUUUCAAAAAGCAGCUGAAUAAAAAGAAUACCUGAUGUGUUCUUCUAGUGUUAGUAUCUGUUAAGUAUUUAAUAAUUUCACUUGUGAUAUUCUGUUUAAAAAAAUAAAAAAGAAUACCAGUAAAAACAGCCAUUAGAAUUCCUGUGUUGAAAAUGCUACUACAUAGCUGAGAAGUAAUUUGAUGAAAUUAUGCACUUAAUGCAGCAGCCUUUAUUAUUUUUAACUCUUUUUGCUAUGGAAAUAAAAUUUAGUCAAGUGUACUGUUUAUCUGUGUAUCCCUGUGAACUAUAAAUCCUCUUUGAAAGGAAUAGGACUGAUAAUAAAAUUCCAUGUAGUUUCUUUGAUUGGAGAAGACAAAUUAGUGCACAUUAGGGAGGAACAUGAACAUGGUGCUUAAAAAGUUUUGUGUGUGGUAGCCAGCCAGUGAAAGUAAAAGUUGUCUCAUGCUAGCCACAGGACCUGUUAUCUUUCCUUUGAAGUUGCUGAUGUAAACAACAAUAUAAAUGAGAAUGAGGGUAAGAAUUAAAUACAUAGAAUCACAGAGUAAUAGAAUAUGCUCGACUGGAAGGCACCCAUCAGGAUAAUUGAAAUCCAGCUCCUGGCCCUGUAUGGAAUCAUUCCUAAAAUUCAUUCCCUAAGACCCUGUGCAUAAGAGCAUUGUCCAAACACUUCUUGAACUCUGUCAGGCUGGUGCUGUGACCUCUUCCCUAGGGAGCCUUUUCCAGUGCCCAGCCACUCUCUCAGUGAGAAAUAUUUUCCUAAUAUCCAAACUAAACCUCCCCUGACUUAGUUUCCUGCUGUUACCUUAAGUCCUGUCAUGAGACCGGAGAGAUCAGCAUCUGCCUCUCCUCUUCCCCUCAUGAGGAAGCUGCAGACUGCAAUGAGGUCUCUCCCCUGUCUCCUUUUCUCCAGGCUGAGCAGACCAAGUGGCCACAGCCACUCCUCAUACAACUUCCCCUCAAGGCCCUUCAUGAUCCUUAUGGCUGUACUUUGAUAGCUUUAUGUCUUUCCUAAACUGUAGCACCCAGAACUGCCCCCAGCACUCGAGGUGAGGCUGCCCCAGUGCAGAGCAGAGCAGCACAGUCCCCUCCCUUGCCUGGCUGGUGACACUGUCCCUGGUGCCCCCAGGACACAGGUGGCCCUCCUGGCUGCCAGGGCACUGCUGACCAUGUUCAACUUCCAUAUACACACAACACAGGGCUCUCUUAGUUCUGUCUUUCAUGGAAGAACUAGAGUGUGUUGAAUAUUUUCUUUGCUGUAAUAAGUAGUUUUUUCACUGUUUGUUUUCCCUGUGAAACAUUUACUAGUGUCUUUAUGUACCAAAAUUCUGAGACUAUAUUUCAGACAGUGUGCCUGUUAAAUGAGGCUAUAUUUUUAUGAUCUGUACUGGGCCACUGAACUUUCCAUAUUGGACUGUCAGGUGUUUGAUGAAAAGAUUGCUACGGAGAGUGUGACUUCAAUUUUUGUAAGCUCAUAUCUGUGGACUAGGAUGCACUACCAGAUUUGAUACACAGGAACUGUUUUACUGAAUGAACAGUGUGCAAUCAAUAAUGAUCAGAUCGUGUGCAAAUCAUAAUUUUGAGCAGAAUAAAUCAUUAAAGCCACCUGUCUAGAAUGUUUAACUACUGAUCUAUUUUACAUGUAAUCAUCAGGAAGAUAAGAGAAGAUGGAGAUAUAUUGUUUUAAAUUUCUCCCUCACUCUAGCAAAGGCCAUUAGGUAUUUCAGUUAAGAUCUGUGAUUUUUUUUACUUGAUUUAGGAGAGGAUGGGCUUAAAGAGGAUAGCAAAGGAAGAAAUAGGAUCUUUGCGUCCUGUGCAGUUAUGCAUAAGUCCAUGUGCUGUAUUUAUUUUCCCUUGCUUUUAAACUUUUAAACUCUUUUGUUUACUUAGACUGUAAGAUGUUUCAGAAAAUUGUUUAUUGCUAUGUAUUUAUACAGUACAUUUUCCACAGUCUUACUGUAGGGUUUUCAGUGUGUCCAUAAGAAGUAAUUUUUGUACCACUUCAUUCCUGUCCCCAAAGAAAUGUGAUUUGGAAAUUGCAGCAUGUAUUGGAAUAGCGCAUAACAUAUGGCAAAGCCUGUUUUGCCUUUUAAGGUUGUAUGUUUAUCUUACCAUAAGAGUUCAAGUCUGUGUAAUGCUUCUUAUGAUAGAGCUGCCUAUGGUAGUGACUUCAUUUUAAUGUUAACUAUUUAAAAUUGUCCACUGAUUAAGCAGUGAAUGUAAUCAAGAAAAAAACUGUAGAUGUUCUCUGAAGCAAGUAUUUGGAAACAUGUUUACCAGCCCAUCUGAAGGAGGUGUCUGAUUUCAAUACUGCAGCUGUGAGUGAAGGCAGCAGCAGGUUUUCACUUGGCUGUCUCCUGACAAAGUGAGACCUUGAAGCAAGGCAUUGCUCGCCUGAAUUUAUUGCAUUGUGAUUACUUCACUUAAAUUUACCAUGGCAGGUUAAGUAGCAGUUCUUUAAGAUCAUUCACUGAUUUGUAUAUGGUGCACAUGGUAAAAGCUUACUUACUUUUGAAUGACAAAAUAUAAAAUUUCAUCAAGAAGUUGCUUUUAGCUCUUUUCAUGAUAGAAUUGGUUAUGUAAUAAAGGGAUCAUUUUUAAUACUAUGUUGAAUUAAAUAUAUUUGUAACUUGUCCCCAUCUUACUCCGUUUAUACAAAUGGCUUUGAUUUGUAAGAAUGCUCUGGAAAAGAUACGUUUUUUUAUUCUGUUUGUACUGUAGUCAUACAAACAUCUGAAAAUGCCUAGUCUCCUCCUUUCAAACACUUGCUUUUGCCAUGACGAUGACAUACCUAAUGCAUUCAGUGACAACAGAAAUAACUGAUGAUUGAAAUUAAAAUUGAAAUAAUAGUUUAAAUGGCAGUGUUAACUCACAGAUAGAAAAUGUGUGCAGGGAGAAUAUCUGCUUUAUGCUGGCAACAAUGAAGUUAUUAUAAGCAAGCCAAAGUGGCUAAAAUUGACACACAAAUAAUUUGCUAUUCAUAAUUAAUUUCUAAUUCAGUAUGAUCUUGAUACCAAGAUGGUUCUGUAAGACUGUCAGAUAAAAGAGUUGUUUUCAAAUUUAAGUUUUUAUUUUAAAUAAAAGGCUUUUAAGUUUCAAGUUUAAAUAAAAGGCUUUUUAAACAGGAAGAAAUGCCAAUUUUUCCUUGCUUUUUGCUUAACCAGUGUAUUAUAAAUGCAUUUAUUUUUUUGCUGAAGGAUCAAGUAUAACCUACGAAGAAAAGAAUUGAAGAGAAGAAUUACUGUUGCAAGUGAAACAGCACUGCCUUGUUAAACCAAAUACAGAUCAAAUACUUCUUUGCAUGACUUUAUCUUUCUCUCUUUCUUUUUCUCUUUCCCUCCCUUUCCAUCCCUUUCUCCCUCUUUCUCCACUGGCCUGGAUCUCUGAUUUUUAAGUAAGAUUUUAAAAAAUGCAAACUGUAAGCUUCUGCUCGCAGCGUAUGUUCUUGAGCUGCAGUUUAAGCUUGUUUGACUCUAAGCACAGGGGUUUUGUCUUUUAUCUUUGUGUGUGUGUUUGAGGUUUUUUGAGCAAUUCAUCUGAAUUAAGCCUGUGUUAAUGGCUGAUUAUUUAAAAGGCAUGAUAGGCAAGUAUUUGAUGCUUGACAUUAUCUCUGUUUAUCACAAAAGUAGUCUACUGUGGGAAUUAAGGAGAGGAAGGAUUAUGAAUUGGAAUGGAGGCUUUAGGGUACAUUGAAUCCUAGAAAAGAUCAUCAUCAUUACUAAUUUUAUAAAGAAUAUAUUAACAGAAAGCCAAAUAUACACACUGAGGUAUCCUAGAUCUCUUCAUGUGCUGUGUCCUGCAUUUUUUUAAAAAUAGGCCCUAUUCAUAGUGUUAAAUAUACGUGUUUUGUGGAAUUACAGUUAUUCAAAUAACUAUGUUCCAUAGGCGGCUUUAAUGAUGAGUUGUAUUCAAGAUAAUUUGUAGAAUUACAGUGAGGAUUUUUACCUGUCUUGUCAUUGUUGACUUAAUGGAGUCACGACAGUAGAUCUGUGGUCUAGGGAGGACAGAAUUCUUUCAGAUUUAACUGAUGAAUGAACUGAUGACAGUAUUUUAAUUUACAGUUGAUAUGUACAGAUUUACUGCUGGUGGUUGGCAUACCCAGCCCAGCUCUUCUGUCAGGUGUACAUCAGAGCAGUACUGCUGGAAGCAUAUUACCCAGCUAUUUCUACCCAUUUAGUCAGGACAUGUGGUGAUCCAACUGUUUCAUUGAUGUGGUGGCUCCUGGAUUUGCAGAAUAAUCAAGAUUAGAAGAGACCUUUAAGACCAUCUAAUCCAAC